AUGCCGAGCGAUAAGGAGACUCUGUUGAGCAUGGGCUUUGAGGAGGCCCGCGUAAACUGGGCACUCAAGGAAACACGUAACAGCGGUCUGCAGCCCGCCAUGGAUCACAUCCUCUCGCACGAGGGACAACCCGUACCUGAUCUAUCAACCGUAUCAAGCAGUGGAGGAGCCGGUGGCUCGAGUGGUGCCAUGGAUGUUGACGAGGACGACGAGGAUGCAGCGGAGCUCAGGGACAUGAUCAAGUCUCAGGGCAGUGCCGAUGUGGAAGCCAAGAGCAUCAAAUGUUCCCUCUGCGGAAAGACAUUCCGGAAUACAGCCCUCGCCAACUUCCACGCUGAGAAGAGCGGUCACGAUCAGUUCGAGGAAUCGAUCGAAGAAGUCAAGCCCCUCACAGAGGAGGAAAAGAAGCAGAAACUUGCAGAACUACGCGAGAAGAUGGCGGCCAAACGUGCUGUGAAGGCGAAGGAGGAGGCUAAGGAGGCUAAAGAGAAUGAAGCUAUUAGACGAAAGCAGGGCAAGGAUUUGAACAAGAUUAAAGAAGAUCUCAAAGCAAAAGAAAUCGAGAAAGAGAUAGAGCAGCGUCGUAGAGACAAGGUCGAAGACGCCAAAGCCAGAGCUGCCAUCAAAGCCCAGAUCGAGGCCGACAGGAUCGCCCGCGCUGAAAGAACUGCACGCGAAAAGGCCCUCCGCGAAGGGCGCGAGAUUGUCGAUGCGCCCAGUUCCGCGAGCAGCGCCCCGCAGGUUCGGCCCGGUGGGCCCGCAGCAGCAGCAGCGACUACGUCAUCAUCAGGCGUGGCUGGCAAGGACUUCAAGGAAACGCGGUUACAGAUCCGGCUCGCGACUGGCGGGCAACCAUUGACGACGACGCUCUCGAGCGAAGCAACGCUACGCGAGGUGGCCGAGUUUGUUGCUGCACAGACGCUCACCGUCGACGUCGACACUGUUUCGUUUGCACAACACUUCCCAAGAAAACAAUUUGAACGUUCAGACUUUAGCAAGUCUCUGCGCGACUUGGGUCUCACACCGUCUGCGGUCCUCAUCGCCUCGUAA